AUGAAUGAAAUACGGCAUAAUAAAUCCAAAAAAUUUAGUUCAAGACAAGUUGAAAUUUUAUCAGGUUUAGCAGCUGGAUUUACAACAACUAUAUUAACACAUCCAUUAGAUGUUUUAAAGAUUAGAUUACAAUUGGAUCAUAAUAGAGUAGGAAUGAAAUCAAAACCUUUCCAAUCAGUUAUUAAUAUUAUAAAACAAUUAAAUACAGAUGCUCAAUCAUCAACAUAUAUAAAUUUUAAACAUCAAAAAUUUAAAACACCAUUUCCAAUAAAUUAUUUAUCACAAUAUUAUAGAGGAUUAAUUCCAAAUCUUAUUGGUAAUAUAUCAGCAUGGGGAUUAUAUUUUACAUUAUAUGCUGAAUUUAAAAAAGAUUUAAAUCUAUCGAAUAAAUCAAUGAAUUAUUUUUUAAGUUCAACUUUAGCAGGUAUUUCAACUUCAAUUUUAACUAAUCCAAUAUGGGUUUUAAAAACAAGAAUAUUAUCAAGUUCAAAAAAUUCUAAAAAUGCAUAUAAAUCUGUUAUAGAUGGGAUUAAACAAAUGCUUUUUCAAGAAGGUAUUUUAAGUUUUUGGAAAGGUUGUUUACCAAGUAUGGUUCAAGUUUUUCAAGCAAGUUUACAAUUUACAAUUUAUGAUAAUAUGAAAAAUUAUAUUAUAAAAAAUCAACAACUUGACAAUAAUAAAAAUCAAUUAGGUUUAAGUAAUUGGCAAUAUUUAUAUAUAUCAGCCACUUCAAAAAUUAUAAGUACUUUAAUUUUUUAUCCAACUCAAGUUAUAAAAAGUAGAUUACAAAAUUUUAAACAAAAUGAUCAUAAUCGUCAAUAUAAAAUUACUAUAAAUAAAAUUAUAAAACAAUUAUAUUUAAAAGAAGGUGGAAUAUCUGCAUUUUAUAAAGGAUUAAGUACUAAUAUUAUAAGAGUAUUACCAGCUACUUGUAUAACAUUUGUAGUUUAUGAAAAUGUAAAGAAAUUUUUAAUAGAUUUAUAG